UGAUGACGUCAGGAGCAGGCCUGGACGACCGCCUUCUACUGCAAGCAUUUCCGCUUUCUUCUCACGUUAUUCCGGGUCUCCGGCUUUUGAUUAUUUGGGCGCGAAGUAGUCUGAGCACAAGUUCCAGAGAGACUGAAGAAGAAUCAGUCAGUGGGCGCGAAGCUGCGCACCGUCCUCACUGUGGUCAUCCUCCUUGGCCACAUUCCUGAAGCUCUGCGCAGUCGGUGGUGAACGAAGUGCAGCUUUAGAGAGCAGUGUCCGUGUUUCUUCAGGGAUCGUGCACCCUCUUGUGCCCUCUGGGUUGAGCACCCUGAUUUGAGCUUCAGCAAGGUGAUGGAGAAACCGGACUACGUGGGAUACCUCCCUCUUUGGUGUACAGUCCGACUGCAAACUCUCCUUGAUCGAGAUGCCUGGUAAAGCAAAUGCUUCUAAGAAGUCUCAACAGUUGAAAAGAAGUUCAAAAAGAAAAAUCGAUAAUGAGGAACUGGAAUUGUCUGAGAAACAGGUUAGAAACACAGGAAAAAGAAAUAAAAAUCAUCCAAAGAAUUUGUCUUCUGAAGAACAAAUAAAACAUACUAAUCUAAAACAGAUAAAGAUAGCAUCCAACAAGAGAAAAACCUGGCAACUUCUUUCAAACAGUACCAGAGAGCAUUUGCAAACUAUGAUAGAAUCAGUAAUAAUAGCAAUUUUGAGUAACAAAAUUAAAGAAAAGGAACAAAUACAAUGUCAUCUCAACUACCUGAAGAUAAGAUUACUACAGUUGUGUGAAACCAUGAAAGUCCCUCCCAGAAAGCUGAAAUAUUUAACUAAUGUUUCAAAUCUACUGAAAAUGGAAAAGGCACAAGAAACAGCUAAUGAAGAAGGUCUGGCAUUAUUGCAGGAAGAAAUAGAUAAAAUGGUAGAGACCACAGAAUCAAUGACUGAAAAUAUUCAUAGACUAAAGAACAAAAUUCAAAUUGUGGCACAUGAAGUAGAAGAAGAGGAGGAGAAGGUAAAACAGAUGCUUCAAAUGGAUUGUAGUGGGGUACUCUCUCUUCCAGAACUUUCUCAGAACAGUCUUAAAGCACCCACACUUCACAAAGAAAUUUUGAUGCUAAUUCCAAACCAAAAUGCUCUUCUAAAGGACUUGGAUGUUCUUCACAAUUCAUCCCAUAUGAAGAACUUGUCAAUGUUCAUCGAAGAAGCCUAUAAGAAACUAGAUGCCUCUUAAAGAGUUUUUUUUUUAGAUUGUUUCAUAUUAAUUUAAUGUUUAUGACUUUGUAAAACUGUUAACUUAUGAUUGUAUUACAGAGGCCAAAGCCUAAAAUCACUUAAAAUUAGCAUCUAAUGUAGUCCUGAAAACUGUUUAGAGCAGCUGCUAAAUCUAGAAGAUCACUAUUUAUAUUGUUGUAUCUUGCAGUUAUUUGCCACAUAAAAUAAGAAUAGUCAUGACCUAAUGAUUUAUAAUGACUGUAUGAAGCUCAUUUAUUGGUUAGCAUAUAAUUGGCAUAUCGUGACUUCUUAUAUGUAAAGUGUUUAUGUAUAGUGCCUAAUGAAUAAUUAUGUAAGUAUUUGCUGUCACUCAUUCUUUAGCUGAUAGCUUGUAUUUUUUUUUUUUUUUUUUUUUUUGUCUAGUCACCUGGAACUUGAGAAAUUCCCAAAUGCCUUCACUUUUAUCUAACUCACAAACUUUUUGUGGAGUGAUUAAGAUUUGCCAGGUAUCUUUAACUUUAAAAGUAACAUCAAAUUUUAUUUCUUUGGUUGGUUAAGGAGUAGAUGUUGAAUAUUUAUUUUCUGCCUUCAUCAAAGCAUACUUUUAUUUUUAAAAAUUAUUAUUAAACAGGAACCUAAGCACAUUUAGACCUUAAAACAAAAAUCAACCAAAAAACUGUUUUGGGAAAGUUGAGUGUAUAAGAACUGACUGCCAAAGGUAAACUAUACUGAAACCUAAGAAGGCAGUAGACAAAUUCAGGAUUAUAUAAAAUGCAGUUUAUUAAAGACUGUGGAGAAUCCCUUCACCCUAAGGCAGGAGGAAGGUAUCUCACAGUCAACCAAAAUGCACCUUGGCUUUCUCAAAUACUGUUAACAUGUCAAAAGUCAGUUAAGAGACAGUUCAGGUGUUAGUGUCCCACACAAAUGCUUAGCUGACUAACAAUGAAUUUGCUUAUUGUACAGAGUUUGGAAUACAUGGUCACCAUGGUGACCUCCAGAGUCUCCUGGUGACCAGAUGAUGCUUACUACUAAGGUGGCUAUUGUCAUUUCAAACUGGACCCCCACAAAUCCCUUUCUUAUAAACUUGUCCUUAUUAUGUAGUAAGCUUAUUUGUGUCAAUAAGUGCUUACUAUAAAUAUAUGAAAAAACUUUCCUAAGCCAUACUGUAUACUGUCUCAGUUCUUUUAUCUGUUUGUAAAGUAAAUUAACUACCAUUUGUU